AUGCCGGGUCUCUACUGCCCCUCCAGCUGGACGCCGCUGCCCCUCACGGACUCCUGGGUCCGCGCCUGCGCCAACGGGCCCUGCCUCAGCCUGCGGGCCCGACUCACCUACCACAACCCGCAGUCGCAGCCGGUGGACGGCGUGUUCGUGUAUCCGCUGGCAGAGGCCGAGGUGGUGUCGGGCUUCGAGGCCGAAGCGGCCGGACGGCGCGUGUCCUUCCAGCUGCAGAGCCGGCGCCGCUCUCAGGCCGCCUGCUGCCGCGCGCUGGGCCCGGGGCUGGGGGCCGCCACUCCCCGCCGCUGCGCGCAGGGUCAUCUUGUCUUGGAUCUGGCCCAGGCCCGGUCCACACUGGUGCUGCCCACAGGCCUCAUUGCCGCGGCUGGCACCAUGACGGUGACCCUGAGCAGCAGCCGAGAGCUGCCCUCAAGGCCUGAUGGGGUGCUGCGCGUGGCUCUGCCCUCUGUGCUCACCCCGCUGGCCCCGCCAGGCCUGCCAGGGCCCCCCAGGCCUCCGGGGCUCUGUGACGACAGUGGCUCAGCUACCCUCCUCGUGCUCCUUUCCAGUCCCACCAGCUGCUUCGGGGUGGGGAGCCCUCAGGAGGAAGGGCUGGCCUGGGAGGAGCUGGCUGCCCCUCGGGAUGUGUUCUCAGGCCCUGCCCGCUGCCCUGCCCCAUACACCUUCUCCUUCGAGAUGCUGGUGACGGGGCCGUGCCUGCUGGCAGGCCUGGAGAGUCCCUCACAUGCCCUGAGGGCAGAUGCCCCUCCUCAUGCCAGCUCCGCAGCCACCAUCUGUGUCACACUGGCAGAGGGCCACUGCUGCGACCGGGCCCUGGAGAUCUUGCUCUACCCCAGUGAGCCCCACCAGCCACACCUGAUGCUGGAGGCCGGCAGCCUGAGCUCAGCAGAGUAUGAGGCCCGGGUGAGGGCCCGCCGGGACUUCCAGAGGCUGCAUCGAAGGGACAGUGAUGGGGACCGGCAGGUGUGGUUCCUGCGGCGUCGCUUCCACAAGGACAUCCUGCUGAACCCUGUGCUGGUGCUCAGCUUCUGCCCGGACCUGAGCUCCAAGCCCGGGCACCUGGGCACAGCAACACGGGAGCUCCUCUUCCUGCUGGAUGGCAGCAGUGCAGCACACAAGGAUGCCAUUGUUUUGGCUGUGAAGUCUCUCCCGCCCCAAACGCUCAUCAACCUGGCCAUGUUUGGCACGUCCGUGCGGCCCCUCUUCCCGGAGAGCCGACCGUGCAGUGACGACACCGUGCAGCUCAUCUGUGAGAGCACUGAGGGCCUGCAGGCUGCAGGCAGCCCCCCGGAUGUGCUGGCUGCGCUGGACUGGGCCGUGGGGCAGCCCCAGCACAGGGCCCACCCUCGGCAGCUCUUCCUGCUCACAGGCGCCUCGCCCCCGGCUGCUGCUACCCACCAAACCCUGGAGCUCAUGCGGUGGUACAGGGGGACAGCCAGGUGCUUCUGCUUUGGGCUGGGGUCCGCCUGCCACCGGCUGCUCCAGGGUCUGUCUGCGCUCAGCCGAGGCCAGGCCUACUUCCUGAGCCCUGGGGAGAGGCUGCAACCCUUGCUGGUGCAAGCGCUGCGGAAGGCACUGGAACCCGCCCUGAGUGACAUCUCUGUGGACUGGUUUGUGCCUGACACCACAGAGGCGUUGCUGACACCCCGGGAGAUCCCGGCACUCUACCCUGGGGACCGGCUGCUCGGUUACUGCUCACUUUUCAGGGUGGAUGGCUUCCGGCCACGCCCGUCUGGGGGCCAAGAGCCCAGCUGGCAGAGCUUGGGUGGCUCUGUGUUCCCAUCCCCAGAGGAGGAGCCAUCUGCCACCAGCCCUGGCACUGAGCCCACAGGUACCACGGAGCCACUGGGAGCAGACACUGUGUCAGCAGAGGUGUCCAGCCCAUGGGUUGCUGGGGACUCAGAGCAGAGUACUGAUGCUCUGACAGACCCAGGACCCAAUCCAUCCUCUGAUACAGCCAUAUGGCGCCGCAUCUUCCAGUCCUCAUACAUCCGGGAGCAGUACGUGCUUACCCAUUGCUCUGCCAGCCCCGAGCCCGGCCCGGGCUCCACCGGCAGCAGCGAGUCCCCCUGUUCCCAGGGCCCUGGCUCCCCCGAGGGCAGGGCUCCCCCAGAUCCCCCUUCUCAGCAGGGCUGCCGCAGCCUGGCCUGGGUAGAACCUGCAGGUACCCGCUCCUGCCCCCUGCCUGCACCCCCAGCAGCUUCAAUCAAGGCUGAAGCCUUGAGUGCUGAGGUGCUGGGCCAUCAGUGCAGAGCGGUUCUGGCUCACCGAAGCCUCUCAUCACCCCCAGGCAGGGCCAACCCAGCUCUUGGCCACCCCCGGCACCCCUCUCUGGGUACAGCAUCAGAUGGGCUAGGCCAUGAGCCAGGGCAGCAGCUGGGACAAGGCCUGGAUGACUCAGGAAACCUCCUCUCCCCGGCCCCCAUGGACUGGGACAUGUUGAUGGAACCAGCUUUCUUGUUCACGGCAGUGUCCCCCAGUGGGGAGUCUGCAGUGGCAGUGCCUCCCCAGGCCCCCCGCUGCCACGUGGUGAUCCGGGGCCUGUGUGGCGAACAGCCUCUGUGCUGGGAGGUAGACGUGGGGCUGGAGACACUGUGGGGGCCUGGGGAUAGAUCUCAGCCUCCAUCACCAUCUGAAAGAGAAACUGCUUGGGACCAAGCACUCCAUCGGCUGACAGCAGCCUCCGUGAUCCAGGACAAUGAGCAGCUGGCUCUCCGAGGAGGGCCCAAGACUACAGUUGACUGGGGCCCUGCCCGGAGGUCCUGGCUUCGAGCCCUUCAGACAAGCAAGGUCAGCUCUGCCCCAUCCUGCUUCACCUGUCCUGUAGCUGUGGAUGCUACCACUCGGGAGGUCCUGCCUGGAGCCCUGCAGGUGUGGAGCUCAGAGCCAGCCCAGCUCCCCAUCACCCCUCCUGCCUCUCAGGGCCCUCCAGGUGCAGCCCCUCUACUGACAGUCGCACACUCUAAAGGAUUUCAGGGAGGCUCUUCAGCCCAGGAUCCGGACCAAAAUGGUGACUCCAAGUCUAAGGCAGAUGACCCUGCUGGCCCCACUGCUGGUCCUCGUUGCCUGCCCCCCCAGCCCCCGUCUAGGCUCAGCCUUGGCCGGCGGAGGGCCAUGGGUUUCAAUAGCCGUAGACUCUGUAGCCCUGACCGGGGCCAGGCCUGGGACACCAACCCUGAAGGCAAUGACCACGACUACCUGCCCCUGGUGCGGCUGCAGGAGGCCCCAGGCUCCUUCCGCCUGGAUGCGUCCUUCUGUGCUGCGGUGCACAUCCCGCAGGAGCGCCUGUGCCGUGCCUCGCCCUUCGCUGUGCACCGGGCCAGCUUCAGCCCCACCUCGGCCUCGUCCCCCUGGGUCCUCCUGGGCCCUGGAGCUGGCCGGGGGGACAGCGCCACAGCUUCCUGCAGCCCUUCCCCCAGCUCAUGCUCUGAGGGCCCAGGCCAGGUAGACAGUGGCUGGGGGUCUGACACUGAGGCCUCAGAGGGGGCCGAAGGGCCAGGCCACGCCGACCUGCGGGGCCGGAGCUGGGCCACCGCUGUGGCCCUUGCGUGGCUGGAGCACCGCUGUACCGCUGCCUUCGGGGAGUGGGAGCUGGCGGCGGCCAAGGCUGACUGCUGGCUGCAGGCCCAGCAUCUGCCCGACGGCCUCGAUGUGGCAGCCCUCAAGGCGGCAGCCCGUGGGCUUUUCCUGCUGCUGCGCCACUGGGACCAGAACCUCCAGCUGCACCUGCUGUGCUACAGCCCAGCCAACAUGUGAGGGGCACCCACAGCCUGGACUGCCAACAGGCUACUUCACUGCCACCUAGGGCCAGCCUCUCAGUGCUAGGAAGGCAGCCCACAGUGCCUGCCCCCCUACCACACUGCUUGUCACACCCUCCCCAGAAUAUUCUCGCCUCACAGAAAGUGCCUGCCUGUGCUCUCUCCUGCUCCUCCCGUCCAGUACCCCUCCCCUCCAGCUCCAUGCAGUGCGGUGG